UGCUUACCCGGCCGCGUCUAUUCAACCGCGCCCGCACACCACAGCUGCUCUUGCACCACCACAACGGCGAUGAGCAGCACAGACAGCACCGGCAGCACCGACACCGACGAAAACGACGACACCGGCCUCCGUUAUGCUGCGUACGCGAAGCCGCUCUCCAACGUUUCCCGCCGAGCCAGGAAAUUGCCACUUGCUUCCACAGAGGCCCAGUUGGCGAACCUAUCCAAGGAGGCUGCUGCCAUAACAGACCUCAAAAGCAUCUCGAACAUCAAAAGCAUCAAAAACAUCAAUUCCAUUGACGGUCUCAAUGCUGUAUCCAGGGACAUCAAUGUUGUGUCUAGAGAAUCCCAGUUGCUCAAGAAUGAGUUGACUCCCCUAUUGAAGCUAUCAAACAACUCCAGAAAAUUGAAAAAGUUUUCUAAAACAACAAAGAAGGUCGUUGAAGUCUCUGAAGCAUACCAUCAUGCAAACGAUGAAGUAAAUCAUCACUCAAAUAAUAACAAUAACAAUAGUAAAAAGCUUAAAAAACUUUUCAAGUUUAUCAAUCUUGACAAUCCCCAAAAUUUCAUAUCGAAAUUUUGCACCGUCACUACUGGCGUCUACAUUCUAUCCGAUGUCUCUUAUCAUGGCUACAAAUACAAAUUGCUACAAGAUAAAUACAAUUCAGCUUCCCUAAAGUCUUCUUUAAACCCUUACAACAAAGAUUACAAAUUUGUCAUCUUUGAGAGAUUCACCUUCCAAUUGAUCACCUCUUUAUUUAUUCCCCUACUAUCUUUCCACUACACUGCAAAAUUCUCUUCUCUCUAUAUUUUCAACCAAACAAAUUUCUUGAAAUUUAAUCAAUUCUAUAUAAAUUAUUUCCCACAUCUCUCCCAAACCAGUUUCAAACCUUUCAACCAUUUCCUAUUCAAAACCGAACAUCAAAAUCAAAAUACUAAAAAAAGAUUUCCCAUCAUUAACCCUUUUAAAUCUCUUAAAGCCUCUUUUCUAAAUCUAUUGGGCCUAGAUAAUUCUUUGUCUUUGAUUCAAAAAAGAAAUAUAUACUUUCUUAAAUUAGGCCCUUUUCUAUCCACUUUUUUAAUCUUGCCUUUUCUACCCUUGAUUGAUUCCCCAAUCGAUUCUCUAAUGAAUCGAUUCUUUAAUUAUCUAUGGUUCAAUUUUACUCAAAACAAAUAAAUCUAAAUAUAAUAAAUCUAAAUAUAAUGAAUCUAAAUACAAUGAAUCUAAAUACAAUGAAUCUAAAUACAACAAUUUAUAAACUUAACAAUAACAAAAAGAAUAAGAAUAAGAAUAAGAAUAAGAAUAAUAAUAAUAAUAAUAAUAAUAAUAAUAAUAAUAAUAAUAAUAAUAAUA